AUGGCCACAUUGAGACACCCUGAUUUGGCUGGAGGUUUGAAGGCCGAGUCUCAACUCGCAGGGACUUGCAGCGCGGCUGAGACAAAAGUUGCGAGAUGUCCCUUCACCAUUGAGAGUAUCCUGGGGCUCGGGAGAAAGGAGAAGACCACCUCAACCGUCGCCCCCCACCGCCCGUGGGCUGAGAUGCUGAACGUUGCAGCCUCUCCUGGGACCUCUUGCCCACGCUCCUCCGAGGGAUCUUGCCACACGCCCGGCGGUGGAAAGGGAGAUCAGGGGGGCAAUGGAGCCAGAUGGAGCGGCCACAGAGAGGACCUCUUCUCCCCGCCCAACUGUUGCUGGUUCCGUGGCCGGAGACCCAGGACGGCAUUCACCAGGGGGCAGAUUGAAGUGCUGGAGGAAGAAUUCAGACAGAAUUGUUACCCAGGGAUUGAUGUCCGCGAAGAACUAGCUCGGAAAUUGGCUCUGGACGAAGAUCGAAUUCAGAUCUGGUUUCAAAAUCGCCGGGCAAAACUGAAACGGUCUCAUCGGGAAUCUCAGUUUUUAAUGGUGAAAAAUGCAUUGAUAAGUUCGGACGUACAAAGGCAGAAACCAGGCGCGCGGCCAUGAGGACCUGAUCAGCAGAGCAACCAUGGGUACCUUGUGAACUAUCUGGCAUCCCAUUGUGCAGCCAGGGACAUGUGGGGCAGGACAGUGUGUAGUAGCACAAGGAACUAGAAAUAUGGUGUCAGAAGUUAGGGAUGGUGAUACAAGGAACUGCAGAUGCUGGAAUAGACAAUAGGUGCAGGAGGAGGCCAUUCGGCCCUUCGAGCCAGCACCGCCAUUCAAUGUGAUCGUGGCUGAUCAUCCCCAAUCAGUACCCCGUUCCUGUCUUCUCCCCAUAUCCCCUGUCUCCGCUAUUUUUACCAGCUCUCUCUUGAAAGUAUCCAGAGAACCGGCCUCCACCGCCCUCUGAGGCAGAGAAUUCCCAGACUCACCACUCUCUGUGAGAAAAAGUGUUUCCUCGUCUCCGUUCUAAAUGGCUUAGCCCUUAUUCUUAAACUGUGUGUGGCCCCUGGUUCUGGACCCCCCCCAACAUCGGGAACAUGUUUCCUGCCUCUAGCGUGAGCAUGAAUACCGAGCUAAACACAAAGCGCUGAGUUGCUCCAGCACUUAGUGUGUUUUUCCCAGGAAUAUUUGUUUGGAUUCAGUGCUGUUGUUCUUUACAAGUGUCCCAGCAAUUGCUUGAAUUUGGCAUUCCUAGCUCACGAGGGAAAUUGUUGGAAAAUAUCUUGUUUUUGAUGGAAAUUCAUUGAAGCCUACAGGCUCUUCCCAUCAAGCACAGAAUUGGGCCAUUCGGCCCAUCGUGGCUGCUGCGUGGUUGAUUUAUUUGUCCCACUCAAACACAUUCUCCUG